AUGCCUCAUGGCACAAGUGACAGCGAGAAGGACCUGCACACGACAAAUGUGAAACCGCAGAGCGUUUACUUCAUGGCGCCUCGGCCGCACCAAAGGGCUAUGUUGCCAGCCCGGCCCACGGAGCUCGACAAUGGGCAUCACCGUGCAGACAGCAAGCUAGAAUUUCUGAAGCCGUUUUGCCACAAGCCAUCAGCAGCCCGGACUUGCAAUACUCUGCCCAGUGUCGGGAUGAAGUCUGCGGCUUUGUUCGAUGCGAUGAGCGCAGCAGUGAAGACAAAGGGACCAGAGCUCGUUAAGAUGGGAGGGGCUGUGUUCCAGUUCAUCAUCAGCGACGGGGGCGCGGAUGGCAAGUUCGUCCUGGAUCUGAAGAAUGGCAGCGGAUCAGCCAAGAAAGGUGAGGACACUGCUGACUGCACCAUCACCAUGAAGGAUGACGACUUCAUGGCCAUGGCAGAAGGCAAGUUGGACGGCAUGCAAGCCUUCAUGGGCGGCAAGCUGAAGAUCAAGGGCAACAUGAUGUUGGCCCAGAAGUUGCAGUCCAUUCUGGAGGCUGCGCGGAUGAAGUCCGCAGCUUUGUUCGACGCGAUGAGCGCAGCGGUGAAGGCAAAGGGACCAGAGCUCGUUAAGAUGGGAGGGGCUGUGUUCCAGUUCAUCAUCAGCGACGGUGGCGCGGAUGGCAAGUUCGUCCUGGAUCUGAAGAAUGGCAGCGGAUCAGCCAAGAAAGGUGAGGACACUGCUGACUGCACCAUCACCAUGAAGGAUGACAACUUCAUGGCCAUGGCAGAAGGCAAGUUGGACGGCAUGCAAGCCUUCAUGGGCGGCAAGCUGAAGAUCAAGGGCAACAUGAUGUUGGCCCAGAAGUUGCAGUCCAUUCUGGAGGCUGCGCGGAUGAAGUCCGCAGCUUUGUUCGAUGCGAUGAGCGCAGCAGUGAAGACAAAGGGACCAGAGCUCGUUAAGAUGGGAGGGGCUGUGUUCCAGUUCAUCAUCAGCGACGGUGGUGCAGAUGGCAAGUUCGUCCUGGAUCUGAAGAAUGGCAGCGGAUCAGCCAAGAAAGGUGAGGACACUGCUGACUGCACCAUCACCAUGAAGGAUGACGACUUCAUGGCCAUGGCAGAAGGCAAGUUGGACGGCAUGCAAGCCUUCAUGGGCGGCAAGCUGAAGAUCAAGGGCAACAUGAUGUUGGCCCAGAAGUUGCAGUCCAUUCUGGAGGCUGCGCGGAUGAAGUCCGCAGCUUUGUUCGAUGCGAUGAGCGCAGCAGUGAAGACAAAGGGACCAGAGCUCGUUAAGAUGGGAGGGGCUGUGUUCCAGUUCAUCAUCAGCGACGGUGGUGCAGAUGGCAAGUUCGUCCUGGAUCUGAAGAAUGGCAGCGGAUCAGCCAAGAAAGGUGAGGACACUGCUGACUGCACCAUCACCAUGAAGGAUGACGACUUCAUGGCCAUGGCAGAAGGCAAGUUGGACGGCAUGCAAGCCUUCAUGGGCGGCAAGCUGAAGAUCAAGGGCAACAUGAUGUUGGCCCAGAAGUUGCAGUCCAUUCUGGAGGCUGCGCGAGAUCCGGCCUGCGAGGACGGCAGCUUCCGCCGGGACCGCCCUGCCUUGGGCGGAAGCCCGGGGGGCACAUGGCAAACGGAGAAGGACUUGCCGCACGCUACCUGCGCACCCGUCAAACCAUGCGCACGGCUGUUGAAGCCGUCCUUGGGCUGA